UGUCGGUUGUGCUGCUAUUAGCGCUAUUAGUGCUGUUACCACCAUGGUGCAUAUUUUCUGGUAAGCGGGGAGUGGACUGCUUGUCAUCGGCGGCAUCUUAUCCGUCUCGUACGAGGUAUUGGCGAUACGAGCAGUCAAGUUUGUGUCGGCCUUGACCGCGUCGCAUCAGCACGGCUUCAUCAGCAACGAGGCUCGGCCGCGAGACCGGAAGAUGGCCGCUAUCCGGAAAAAGCUUGUUAUAGUCGGCGAUGGAGCUUGUGGAAAGACCUGCCUUCUCAUCGUGUUUAGCAAGGACCAGUUUCCCGAGGUUUACGUCCCGACUGUGUUCGAAAAUUACGUGGCUGACAUCGAGGUGGACGGGAAGCAGGUGGAGUUGGCACUCUGGGACACGGCAGGCCAGGAGGACUAUGACCGGCUGCGGCCACUGUCAUACCCAGACACGGAUGUUAUCCUCAUGUGCUUCAGCAUUGACUCUCCCGACUCGCUGGAGAACAUUUUAGAGAAGUGGCACCCGGAAGUUAAACACUUCUGCCCAAGCGUCCCCAUAGUCCUGGUUGCUAACAAGAAAGACCUGCGAUCGGAUCCAGCCACAAUCAAGG